AUGCUGCUAGGAUUUGAACCUGGUACCUCAUGGAAGCAAGACAAGCAAUGCAACCACUACACCACUCAAGACCUACAACCAGGAGAUAAAGGGCUUGACUGGGCAGCCAGAAAACGCAUAGCUUUUGCUACUGCUCAUGGCCUUGAGUACUUGCACGAGCAUUGCAAUCCUAAGAUUAUUCACCGUGACAUGAAGGCCGCCAACAUUCUCCUUAAUGAAGACUUUGAACCUGUCCUUGGUGAUUUUGGGUUGGCAAAAGUAAUGGACACAAAAACAACUCAUGUCACGACUCAAGUACGCGGGACCAUGGGUCACAUUGCUCCCGAGUACUUGUCCACUGGCAACUCGUCCGAAAAGACAGAUGUGUUUGGUUACGGCAUAACUCUUCUUGAGCUUGUGACCGGCCAACGAGCAAUAGAUUUCUCUCGGCUUCAAGAUGAAGAGGAUGUUGUGUUGCUUGACCAUAUCAAAAAGUUACUAAGAGCAAAACGGGUAGUUGAUAUUGUGGAUGAGAAGUUACAAAGUUUCGAGGGCAGAGAAGUGGAGAUGAUUCUCCAAGUAGCAAUGCUUUGCACCCAAAGCUUUCCCGAAGACCGUCCGAGGAUGAGAGAGGUGGUGAGAAUGUUGCAUGGGAUUGGCUUGGAACAGAGGUGGGCUGAGUGGAAACAACUUGAGGAAUUAAGGCAUCAACACCAUUUUUCCCAAAACUUCUUCAUUUGGGUUGAGGACUCUACUCUUGACCAACAAGAUGCUACACAAUUGUCACAACCCAGAUGA